GACACUCCGAGUUCUUCGAGUUGAAUGAAAAAAAAUCUCCAUAGGACCCCACUAUCUAAACGAAAAAUGGAAUAUCAGGAUGAAGAAUCAAUUUUGCAUAAUCCCAGAGACGCCUUCGAAUACUAUCUAAUCAUAUAUCGGAUGAUAGCUUCACGAAAUGUUGUUGUGAAAUUGUUGAUGAUAAUAAUACGCCUAAGUUCAGAAAUAAGUGAAAUUCUAGAAAAUCCUACUCGAUUAAAUGGGGAUGUCCGACAAUUACAUGAAGGACAACUAUCAUUUGCAAAUUUGGAAUUGCAAGAAAUAAUAAAAAGUCUUAAUGAGGUAUUUUCAAGACUACAAAUAUUUGGAUUGAGUAUCGAAGACCAACAAAUGCUCGAGGAAUCUAGUGUAAUACUACCAAGAGAAAUGUCGAAAUAUCCAAUAACAAUAAUAAAUCUAUGCACAAAGAUGCAAAAAAUGGUAAUUGAAAAAUUUUACGAAGGCCAACAAGCAACACAUGAAACAUGUGAAGCACUAGUAGAAGAAAUAUAUAAAUUACUUGAAAUAAAAAAACGCUUUGAAAAAGAAACCGCAUUCAAUUUGUCCAAACUAGCAGAUGAUAUGCAACAACAUGUUGCUUCGCUAAAUACGUUGGGUGUUUCUGCCGGAUCUGAGAUGUUAGUCCAUUUUAUGGAAAGUAAAUUGCCUAAAGUCACAUUAGAGAAAUGGGAUAUUACUCUUGAAAGAGACGAAUUUCCAAAACCCGAUCAAAUGUACGAAUUUUUAUACAAGACUGCAGUGUGUGCAUCUAAACGUGAACGAUCGAAAGCAUUAGAAUCGGAUAAGAACAAAGCAGAGCUAUAUUGUUUAAUAAAAAACAAAUAA